GGGCCGUUUGAAAGCCAGGAGCGUUUGAAUCGCAACGGCCGUUCCCGAGUGCUUGUGUUGCUGCUUGGGCCGCCGAGGCAGCCACGGGGUUUUGAAGGCCUCUCGGGCCCGACCUCUCGUCACCUCGGUCCUUUUCUGCCAGGACGUUCUGCUCUGGUAAGGGGCAGCUUUUUGCAGGCGGAGCCGAGCGCCCAAGCCGAGAUCUCUGCGGUGACUUUAGUGACAGGACCUUGAGUGGUUGUUACAAUGGAAGGAAUCAGUAAUUUUAAGACACCAAGCAAAUUAUCUGAAAAAAAGAAAUCUGUACUAUGUUCAACUCCAUGUGUAAAUAUCCCUGCUUCUCCAUUUAUGCAGAAGCUUGGCUUUGGUACUGGGGUAAAUGUUUACCUAAUGAAAAGAUCUCCAAGAGGUUUGUCUCAUUCUCCUUGGGCUGUGAAAAAGAUUAAUCCUAUAUGUGAUGAUCAUUAUCGAAGUGUGUAUCAAAAGAGACUAACCGAUGAAGCUAAGAUUUUAAAAAGCCUUCAUCAUCCAAACAUUGUAGGGUAUCGUGCUUUUACUGAAGCCAGCGAUGGUAGUCUAUGCCUUGCUAUGGAAUAUGGAGGUGAAAAGUCUCUCAAUGACUUAAUAGAAGAACGGAAUAAAGACAGCCGAGAUCCUUUUCCGGCAGCCAUAAUUUUAAAAGUUGCUUUGAAUGUGGCAAGAGGGUUAAAGUAUCUGCACCAAGAAAAGAAGCUACUUCAUGGAGAUAUAAAGUCUUCAAAUGUUGUAAUUAAAGGUGAUUUUGAAACAAUUAAAAUUUGUGAUGUAGGAGUCUCUCUGCCAUUGGAUGAAAAUAUGACUGUGACUGACCCUGAGGCCUGUUAUAUUGGCACUGAGCCGUGGAAGCCCAAGGAAGCUUUGGAAGAGAAUGGUAUCAUUACUGACAAGGCAGACAUAUUUGCUUUUGGACUUACUCUGUGGGAAAUGAUGACUUUAUCAAUUCCACACAUUAAUCUUCCAGAUGAUGAUGAUGAUGAUGAUAAAACUUUUGAUGAAAGUGACUUUGAUGAUGAAGCAUACUAUGCAGCUUUGGGAACUAGGCCACCUGUUAAUAUGGAAGAAUUGGAUGAAUCAUACCAGAAAGUAAUUGAACUCUUCUCUGUAUGCACUAACGAAGACCCUAAAGAUCGUCCUUCUGCUGCACACAUUGUUGAAGCUUUGGAAACAGAUGUCCAGUGAUCACUUCAUAUUCAUGACCACCUCAGCAUGAGGUUCAUGUAUAUAACUACUUGUUACAUAUAGUUAUAUAGAUACUAUGAUGAUCUGUAGUUAUUGGAUUCUGAAAGUGGCCUAUUUUAGAGCCUUGUUAACUUUUGAGUAACUGUAAUAUUUCUGACAUAAGGGGAUUUCUUAUAUCCUUAAUGAUGCUAAGUAAUUGGAAUUACACUGGGUUUUCUGUUUAGUAAACUUAGCUACUCAAGUACUUUUGAUAUUAUUUAUAGACUUAAAGCACUAGCAAUAAAAUGCUAUAAACAGUUAUUAAUGAUCUUUCUCAAAUCAGUUACUAGAUCUACUAAAAUAAGCACUUUGUACAGUACAAAGUCUUUAUCUGUGUAUGUUUUAAAACAUCAAAUCUUUUCCUGGUUUUUCUUGGCUGAUGUACUUUAUUAAAUGGUCACUGGAAGCCAAAAAUAUGACUUGAAAGAGUAGCUCCUUAGAUAUCUCCAGACUCUGGUAAGUUUGUCUUGCUCUCUUGGGUCUCUCCAGGUCUUUAGUGUUUGCUUUAACUUAUUAAAUGUAUUUUUUAAGAUUGAAAUUCCUUUUUAUUUACUAAUUUGUAUUCUGAGCAUUUCACAGUUCUGGUGUAAAUAAUAAAGCUCAAA